UCUUUGGCUUUUAAAAUUUUGUUUCUAAAGUCUCAUGUAUAUAUUCUUUAAUAUUACUAUUUACCAGCUUAUAUAUUUUGUUAACUUUCUAUUAGGAUUUUAUUGAGGAGACUCCCAGGGCAUUUGGAACAGGAAUUAUUUUGAGGCUUAAUUCACAACUAGAAAAUUCAUAGUUUAUACAUACACUUGAGGAAAAUUAUAUUAUCUUAAUAUAGUGUUAAUUCAAAGUAAAGCCCACAAUCUAUCUUUUUAGUUACAGAGGGCUUUUCUUCAGUGCUUAUCUCUUACUCUACUUUAACCUGAGACACUAGCUAUUCACAUGUUAAAAUUAUACUGGAUUUCAUUAAGAUCUCAGUAUAUAAUUUAUGAAAUGGUUAAAGAUAUAUUUCUAAGUAUUGGUUAUCUUAGCUGGGUAUUUAUAGAGCUCUCAACCAUUAAGCAACUUUAUGGGGGCUAUGUAAAUAGAACAAAACCAGAAACUUUGUAUUUUAAUUGUAAAUGAUGUAGUAUAUUGCACUUCAGCUGAAAUUUAACUGUAGGGCCUGCUAACCUUUUGCAUUGUUAUAAAUUCAACUCUUAGUGAAUGACUUCCUUUUGUUUCUGUAACUGAUAUUGAACUUUUUGAUGCCACGAUCAUGUGUCUGAGUCUUAAGAGUAAUUUUACAAAUUUUACACUAGUCUUAGAGUAUUGUAGAUAGAAUUCUACAUUUAUACAAAUAAAAUACAAAAUGAUUAGAGAGGCACACACUGUGUUGUAUGAGUUGCAGGGAAGACUUUAUAAAGAAAGUGGCAUUUGAACUGGACUUUUAAGGUUAGGAUUGAGAGUCAACGCAGUGUAAGAAUUGAUAGAAUUAGGAAACUGUGGGUUUCAAUCCUGUCUCAGAUAGUAAUUCACUUAACCUUAUUGGUCUUUAAUUUCCUCAUUUCUGAAAUGAGGAGUUGGUCUUUAAAUAAAGCCCUUUUAUAGUGAUCCUAUAACUUCCACAAAUAAAAAAUUGUCGAGGCAGGGAGGAAAAGAUGCAAUGCCUGAGCAAAAUGCAUUGAAUAUGAGAUGGUGAGUAGUCUAUUUUGGCUAUAGUACAGAAGGUAUGAUGGAAAGUAAUGAAUUCAGGUGACUAAGGACCCUGGGACACUGACCAGCUUUUCUGCAGACAUCCAGCUCAGUUUACUUGUUAUUUGUUUCAUAGAACCUUUUCUGAAAGAGUUCUGUCUGUUUCACAAAUGGGAAAAUUCUGGAGUUACAGAUAUGACAGAACCCUUUUGAGAAUAAGAACCACCAGGUAAUAAAUCUUAGGGGGAAUGCAGAGCUUGAGCAUCCCUGUAUACCCACAAGGAGAGAGGGCCUAGAUAUAUGCCAGCCUCUAUCACAGAUAUUAGAAUCUUUGUCUUCUGCUAGCAAACUAAGGCUGUAUAACCUGCAGAGGAGACCAGAAAGUUACAGAAAAUAAUUUAUUGGAAAUUGGAAUAGAAUGAAGAAAGGGCACCUGGAGCUCUAUGAGGAGUUGUGGUGUCUUUUGGCCUAGGACAAUUUGAUUCCCACAGGUACCCCUUAGAAGACUCAAAGUUGCUUGAGGUGUGUCUAAUUCCUUCUCUGCUCUCCACAAAUUGAAAUAGGCAUUUGGCCCAGAACAUUGGGAUGAAAGUUAAUCAGCAAUAUUUGAGGCAAAUAGGAGAGUUCCUUUCUUUGAGAUCAUAAAUAAUGGUUUAUAGUAUGCUUAUCAAUUUUGUAGAUGACACAAACCUUGGGCUGAAUUUAUUAACAAAAUUUAAUAGAGGUUAAUGCAGAUUGUUAUAGUUGUGUUUUAAAAGUCCAUAAUUGCACAAGUACAGAAUAGAGAAGGCAUGACUAGAUACAUAGUUCAUAUGGAAAAGAUUUGGGUCUUUUUUGCAGAUUAUUAGUUCUGUAUGAGUCAGCAGUAUUACAUGAUAGUUAAUGGGAUGUUAGGUCACAUUUCAAAUUUAAUUCAAUUGACAUUAUUUGCUGCUAUAUUUAAGGCAUUGUCUAGAACUAGGAAAGAAAUACUCAUACUUGAUAAGAACUCAUCCAGAUUUUUGUAUCUAGGUCAGAAUACUGUUAUCUUUAAAAAGACAGUGACAGGCUGGAAAAUCAUGAGAGAACUGGAAAACAUUUCAUCAGGAUUUGGUUUAAGGGACCAAUUAAAGCAAAAGUUUAAGGAUCUUUAGACUACUUCUUAGGAGAAUUGAAGGUGGAUGUGAGCUUUCUUUCAUGGAUUAUAAUGUGGAAGGAUUUGCUCUGUUUGGCCAGGAGGUAUAUAUAACUAGGACCAGUGAGUGGAAGUUGUAAAGAAGCCAAUUUGAGCUUGACAUAGGGGAAAAAUAUAAUAAGUAGAAAGUGAAAUGGACUGCUUCAGUAAAGUUCCCCAUGAUUAGUGUCCAAGCAGAGACUGAUUUGGGGGAGUAUUAUAGAGGGGAUUUCUUUUCUUAGAUUUUGUGGAUAUCAAUGCAUGUAUCUCUGGGCUGUUUAUCUCUUAUUGCUUGCUUUGACCACAUGAGUAUCUCACCUUUUUGAGCAUGUAUUUCCUUUGCAAUUUUCCAUAUGCCUACUUUCUCAUUUUUAGUUCUCAUACAUAUAGCAAGGACAUUCCUUGAUGAAUAUAUGAAAAGGAAUAGAUAGGCAGUCUUUCACACAUGAUUUUCUAUAUUAGGCCACACACCUUUACUAUUUCAUAAUUGAUUGAAAGGUGCCAAGAAUCCCACUGUUUGAUUCCAAAAAGAGAAAAACAAAAAACCCAAACCAAUCAAAUUGACUCGAUAGCACCGAAUUCAGCUUUAAAGGCCUUUCUUAUGCGUAUAUUAAUAUUACUCUAGUGUCCUUGAUAAAUGCAACUAUAAAGAUAACUGUUCACCAGCCCUCUGAUUAUGAAUGUCAAAUGAAGCAUAAAACAGGGAGAUGUAUACUUGCCCUAGGUAUUCACUACUGUCAUGGAGUUUGUCCUGUGCAAGGGUCCAAAUGGAAGAGGGAUUCCCUCGAGUUUAAUUAAAAAAUAGUCUGACUACUGUCUCAGCUGUGUAGUGUCAUUAUUUUCCAUAAGCAAUGAGACAGAGUCAAGCUUGUGCCUCUAUUUCUCUAUUCCCUUGCCUUCACUCAGAAAAACUACAACAAUGAGAAGGCUGUAGAGGGUUAGAAACCUGCCAGAUGUGUUUUUGUUCCAUGAUAUUUUUGUCCUUUGUAGCACCUUCCUGCUCUGGGGAGUCCCCACAGCUCCAAGAGCAUUGGGGCAGAGAGUGUUGAUGAAAAAGUCCCUCUUCGGGGCUAGUGGCCCCCUUUCCUAACUGUUUACCUCAGGAAGGUUCUGUCACUGAGCUGUAUCCAAGGACACAAAGACUUUGAAUCAGCCAAUCACAAAGUUCCCAGGAAAGGGAGAGAUUUCUGAGAAGAGUAUGCUUCAGUAGUUUUCUGCUGAAUUAAAAGAGGAUCAUGGAUUUUCCUGGACACUUUGAACAAAUCUUUCAGCAACUAAACUACCAACGACUUCAUGGCCAACUUUGUGAUUGUGUCAUUGUGGUGGGGAAUAGACAUUUUAAAGCACAUCGUUCUGUGUUGGCAGCAUGCAGCACUCAUUUCCGAGCCCUUUUUACUGUAGCUGAGGGAGAUCAAACUAUGAACAUGAUCCAGUUGGAUAGUGAAGUGGUGACAGCAGAAGCCUUUGCUGCUUUGAUUGAUAUGAUGUAUACCUCUACACUUAUGCUUGGGGAAAGUAAUGUCAUGGAUGUUUUAUUGGCAGCUUCCCAUCUUCACUUGAACUCUGUUGUUAAGGCCUGUAAACAUUAUUUAACUACAAGGACGCUGCCUAUGUCUCCCCCAAGUGACAGAGUUCAGGAACAAAAUGCACGAAUGCAGCGGUCUUUUAUGCUCCAGCAACUGGGACUGAGUAUAGUGAGCUCUGCAUUAAAUUCUAGCCAGAGUACAGAGGAGCAACAAACUACCAUGAACUUAUCAAUGAGGAGUAACAUAGAACAGCGUACUACUUUUCCAAUAAGGCGCUUCCACAAGCGGAAACAGUCUUCAGAGGAUCGGGCCAGACAGCGCAUGAGACCCACUCUAGACGAGUCCAUGAUUUCAGAUGUGACACCAGAGAAUGGCCAGGCAGUGGUUCAUUCUCGUGAGGAGUUUUUUUCACCAGAUUCUUUGAAAAUUGUGGAUAAUUCUAAGUCAGAUUCAGUAACUGAUAACCAAGAAGACAAUGCUAUCAUGUUUGAUCAGUCAUUCAAUGGACAAGAAGAUGCGCAAAUGCCUAGUCAAUCUGACAACACUGCCGGGAACAUUUCCCAGAUGUCUAUGGCAUCUCAGGCAACUCAAGUGGAAACCAGUUUUGACCAGGAAGCUACUUCUGAAAAAAAUGGUUUUCAGUGUGAAAACACAGAGGUUGGCCUCAGUGAGAAAGACCACAUGAGAGUGGUGGUUAAAUCUGAACCUUUGAGCUCUCCUGAGCCUCAGGAUGAAGUGAGUGAUGUGACCUCUCAAGCAGAAGGCAGUGAAUCUGUGGAAGUGGAAGGUGGAGUGGUCAGUGCUGAAAAGAUAGAGCUGAGUCCAGAAAGCAGUGAUCGUAGUUUUUCAGAUCCACAAUCCAGCACUGACAGAGUAGGGGACAUUCAUAUUCUGGAGGUUUCCAAUAAUCUGGAACACAAAUCUACUUUUAGUAUUUCAAGUUUUCUAAACAAGAGCAGAAGUAGCACCUUUAGUGCCAAUCAGAACAAUGAUGACAACAUUCCAAACACUACUAGUGACUGCAGAAUGGAUAAUGACACAUCUUAUUUAAUGAGUCCAGAGUCGGGUCCUACAAGUGGUCAUUCCUCUGCUGCUGUCUCUCAUGUGGAGAAUCCUUUCAGUGAACCUGCAGACUCACAUUUUGUUAGACCUUUGCAGGAAGUAAUGGGCCUUCCCUGUGUGCAGACUUCUGGUUAUCGAGCAGCAGAACAAUUUGGGAUGGAUUUUCCUAGAUCCGGUUUGGGAAUACACUCUCUCUCCAGGGCAAUGAUGGGUUCCUCUCGAGGGGGAGCCAGUAAUUUUCCUGGCUACCGUCGAAUAGCUCCAAAGAUGCCAGUUGUGACCUCUGUUAGGAGCUCUCAAAUACAAGAUAACUCGGCUAAUUCGCAGUUGUUAAUGAAUGGGCCUACUUCCUCCUUUGAAAACGGGCAUCCUUCCCAGCCUGGUCCCCCUCAAUUGACCAGAGCAUCUGCUGAUGUUCUGUCAAAGUGUAAGAAGGCCUUAUCAGAGCACAAUGUCUUAGUUGUAGAGGGAGCUCGAAAAUAUGCCUGCAAAAUCUGCUGUAAGACAUUUUUGACCUUAACAGACUGUAAGAAGCACAUUCGUGUACACACAGGUGAGAAGCCCUAUGCCUGCUUAAAGUGUGGUAAGAGGUUCAGCCAGUCAAGCCACCUGUAUAAACAUUCCAAAACUACUUGCCUCAGGUGGCAGAGCAGCAAUCUACCUAGCACUUUGCUCUAAUCCUAUUCUUCCCUCUGAUCAAAAUGAAGUCAAUACCAAUUUCAAAAGAAUUUUUAACAGAAUUAUUGGCAGAUACUUAACACUAUUUUGUUUUAGGUUUCUGGCUGAACAGUGGCUCUUAUACGUUGUGUAAUUAGACACAGGCACUUGUGCUAAUAGGUCUUUGAGAAAAAUGCAGAACUUGGGAGGAAAAGGGAUGUAAUCCCUGAAACCAAGUUAUUCCUUUAGGAUUGAGUUAAUGGGGAGAGAGUAUUUUGAUCCUAAAAGUGGCACGUUUUAAGAAGGAAAAACUAAAGUGCAAAUUUUUUAAAAGCAAUUUUUGUAAAAGUGUGUGAAGCAUUUAAAUAAAAUACCUAUACAUUUAAGUUUGGUAUAUUAUGUGUCUGAACAAUGAUGCAAAGAGCUCUUAACUGUUACUAAUGGCGACUGUGUACCUAUAUAGGGGAAAAGCCCUUGGGGAUACUUCUGUCUGCCACAAAAUGCUUUAAAGUAUAUUAUGACAAUAGUUCUAGGGGUUCAGAAUGUACUGUAUUUUUUAUUUUAGGUUGUCGCAGUCAUAGACACUGCGCUAUGAUGGUGCUGAAAUCGAGUCCAUAGCAAGCAUUCUUUUGGACUAUUUAGAUGUAUAUACUUAUACAGCGAGGUUAUUUGGAUGUUUGAGCAAUUUUUCUUGUUUUACAACAAAAUUGUAUAUACAGUAUGUACUUGUAUUGAGUGAUAAGUGAAGUACUGUUUCUGUAUGUGCUGUUAGCAGUAUUUUAACCAACUUGUAUUUCAGAUGUUAAAAAUCCAUAUACACACACAUGCAUACACAUGUGUGCGUGUGUGUAUGUAUGUGUGAAUUUAAAAAGAAUUAGUCUUUGUCUACUUUAUUCUAAUAACUUGUAAUUAUGUUUUGUGGAACUUUCUUUUUUAUCAGAAGAUGACUUUUUCCAGAUGUUAACAGUCACUCUAAUCCCAACUAUUGUGUUUUUUGUUUCUUCCAGGCUUUGAGUUUCCAUAUGUGAACCUUUACAAAUUUGAUAUUACUUCUUAGUUAUGCUCAAAAGUCAAUUUAUUUUUUGUGGGAAGGGAUAUAUUAAUUUGAGAAAAGAGCCAAAACUUUUGUUUCAUUUUCCUUCAAAACCUCCCCACCUCCAAAGGGCCAAGAAAAUGUUUAAGAAACAUGUUUCAAAUGUAGGUAUAACCUUGUUUUAGAAUUCAUUAUUUCCCAAAACUUUGUUUUAUAAUUGAUAUUCUCCAAACUCUAAAGAAAGGUUAGGCAUCUUAUGGCAUUGAGUGGCAUAUUUGACAGUUGCAUUCUGUCAUUUACCAGUCUCACCACAUACACGGAUUACUUUUCUCUUUUAUCCUCACUUGCCUGCCUUCUUUUCUCUCAUUUUCUUUUGCUGUGUGCCUGUGCCUCAAGGCUAUCAGUGGUAACUAUGGAUAUUGGUCAGCCCUAGAUAACAUUCAGAGCCAAAAAACACCACCUCUAGAGAAUGAUCUCAAUGAUCUUAUGUUAGGGUUCCCUAGAGGUAUGUAUUGCUUUAGUACUUCAUUAGGCAAUGCAUAGACAGACAAGGUUCAGCAUACCAGGAUUUUUGGAUAUGUUAAAUUGUGUGUAAUUUGGGCAAACACUCCAGAAUCACUGUGUUUAGAAUAGAGUAAAUUGACUUAGGGCAACCUUGAAACAAAGAUAAGUUUAAAUAUGAUGUAUAUAGAAAACUUCUGGGCAGUUUAAUGCACCUGAACAUAUUGACCCCUCCUAAAUAAGAGUUUUGAUUUUCCUGAAGGCAAAAAUAAUACCAGUAUCAUUGCAUUAAGCUUCCAACAGUUGUUAGGCUUUGAGGGAUAAGCUGCCAUACAAGAAGAAUGCAUAUUUCUUUCUUCAAAUCACUAUUAAGAAAUGCAGCCGAUUAGGCCCUCACUUACUUUUUGACUUGAAUUUCCACUGUAAGUAGGAUUAAAAACAUUUCCAAAGAUGGUAGACAUACUAUUCCAUAUCAUUAAGAUAAUUAUUCUCAGUUUUAUCUUUUGAGGAUGUGAAUUAUAUUAGAGAUGCUUUUUUUUAAAACAAAUCCCAAACAGUUAAGAAGGUUUCAUAUUAGUAUCCCUUCUUUAACAUACAUGCUAUAUAAGGAUUAAAAGUUUGUUAGUUAUCUUAAUGGGAAUUUUUAGAACUAUUAGAAAUAUUAGAAGGUUUUCUAUUUGAAUUUUUAAGUGGCAUAAAGGAAUUAUUCUGAUUGGUUGGCCUUAAUUUGUAGCAUGGUACAGUGAAUUAGAGUGCUGAUCUUGAUGUCAAAAAGACUUGGGUUUAAAUCCCAUCUCUGAUUACUUAUCAGUUGUUUGAUUAUGGGCAUCAUUGUUCUUGGCAAUUCUCUUAGUAUUUAUCUGAGAGAGAAAUGUGAUCAGGUUUGGUGGAAGGGGUUCCUAACUCAAAAAAUAUAUAACUUUAGAUAAAUUGUAGCAUUUUUGUUUGCUAACAAGUUUUGAGUUUUGCAAAACCCAAACACUAAAGGGUAAGUUAGCGUAGUAAUUAUUAACUAAGUUAUCCCCAAAUGAUUUCAAACCAUUUUUUAGUCAUUUUGCUCAAUAAUUUCUGUUUUAGGUUCUGACUCCUUGGAGAUAUGCCCAGUUUUCUUAACUUCAUUUUUAGAGGUCCUGCCUGCUUGAGACACAUGCUUUAUUCUAUUGUUUUUUUCAUUGAUCAGUAUACCUGGUUUUAGGUUUGAAAAAUCCAUUUGCUACUUUGGCUUUAUGAUGGGAGAGUGAAGUGUGGGCCCAGGUGCUUUCAUAAGAUUCUUAAAAACAUAAGGUUUUCUGCUGAUUGGCCAAUUCAGAUAUACAUAAAUUAGAAGUAUGGAGUUCUCUAAUUAUUGAACAGUGUUUAUGCCACUGGAAAGGCUGUAAAAUGGAAUUGGGUUCUUGGGAAGAGAAAAAACCCCAGUGGGAAAUUUGAAUAAUGGGAGAAGAGAUUGGACAGAAAGAACCAAGACACUGUGUUUAAGCUUUGGUGCUGGUACUAAUUUUAAAAUAAAAUUUUCAAACAA